AUGGACUCAUUCUUACUGGCCACAGUUGCGAGACUAGCCUUUAAGUAUGGACAUGGCUUCAGUUCAUUGCAGUCGGCAUCCGCGUCCGGGCAAUUCGACCUUGUCAGGACUCUGGUCGAAGCAGGUGCUGAGGUCAAUGCAGUUGGAUAUCACGGCACUGCCUUUGCCUUGGCUGUCCAGAAUGGGCACGAGGAUAUAGUCGAUUUCCUGCUUGAUCGUGCGGAUGUGGAUCUCAAGCGUGCUGUUUUUCUGGAUGGGCUUGACUGGACUCCUCUAGAGUUGGCAGCGACAAAGAGACAAGUCGCAAUUGUGAGGAAAAUACUGAGUCGUGGUGCUAUCAUCAGUGACAGCGCUCUAGCAUUGGCCGCGGCUAUUCCUGACAACGAUGACACAGUAAGACUGCUUGUUGAAGCAAAGGCUCCCGACAAACGUGUCAUGUUUGGGCAAACGGCACUGCAUAACGCCGCCGUGCUAGGUCAGGAAACUGCGGUCGAGAUGCUCCUCAGAUACGGCGCUUGUGGAGACGCCCCAGGACCAGAUACCACAAACUCGAUUCACUUUGCCAGAGCAGGAGUCAUCAAACACGCCAUGCUCGUACGCGGAGUCGGAAUCGACGUUCAAGCUGACGGAGACGAAUACAGCACAGCUCUACAAGCUGCAGUGCAUCGAGGACAUUACGGAGUUGUGCAGAUACUACUCGACUAUGGUGCGUCCGUCAAUGCACCCGGACCGCAAGGCGAUGCUCUCAGAGUGGCUGCUUUUUCGGGAAGUCUACCGAUGGUGGAAAUGCUGCUUCUGUCCAAGAAUUGCACGAUCAAAGACGAGAGUCGUAUUAUAGCCUGGCGCAUUGCUGCCAAGGAAGGACAUUUCGACGUAGUGGAAAGACUGCUUUGCUAUCAAAUACCGUUAGACAUUGCUGGUCCUGAUGCUUCUGCCACCAAAGGUGCUAGUAACAUCCCCAAUUCACUAAAUGGAGUUUCCCCUUUGCGCUGGGCCUGCCACAUCAACAGUACUGCCCUAGCGCGCCUCCUACCCGCCAACGGCGCCGACGUGAACGCCCGCGACAGUUCCGACCUCACACCCCCUCAAUACUGCAGCGCCAUGGGCCAUGCAGAUCUAGUCUCCACACUGCUCUCCCACAAGGCCGACAUUGAAGCUCCACACCAUCAAGGCAGUGCCCUCAUCCGCGCAAUCGACAAAGGCCACUUCUCCAUCGUCACCGACCUUCUCAACCAUGACGCCAACGCAGACGAAAUCAAUUCAAAGGAAACACCGCUUAUAGUCGCGGCCACUAAGGGCGAUGUGCGUAUUGUGACUUUGCUGCUCGAUCAUGGUGUUACGAUUGAUCGUUCGUGCUCUGGAGGCGCUCGCUGUGCGUUGUAUCAAUCUUUGGCUAAUGAGAAUGAAGAAAUCACACGAUUGCUGCUUAGUAGGGGAGCGGAUGUUUCUGUGGCCAUCAAAGAUGCGCGAAAAGCAAAUGACUACAAAGUGCUGGAAAAGUUGCAGGCGUUGGAACCUGUGGACGAGAAACAAGAGGGCUGGUUCAGCGGAUGGAGAGAUAGUGCUGUGGUCACAAUGUUUGAUGCGGUAGUCACGACGGGGUCAUCAGGCUGGUAA